GGAGGUGGGAAGAAGCACAGAAGAGCGACAGGAAAGACAGACCGAAGCAGAAUGGCAACGGGAACGCGUUAUGCCGGGAAGGUGGUGGUUGUGACAGGGGGCGGGCGCGGCAUCGGAGCCGGGAUCGUGAGAGCCUUCGUGCAAAGCGGGGCCCAAGUAGUUAUCUGUGACAAAGAUGAGUCAGGGGGCCGGGCCCUGGAGCAGGAGCUUGCUGGAACUGUCUUUCUCCUCUGUGAUGUGACUCGGGAGGAAGAUGUGAGGACACUCAUUUCUGAGACCGUCCGCCGUUUUGGCCGCUUGGAUUGUGUGGUCAACAAUGCUGGCUACCACCCACCUCCGCAGUGGCCCGAGGAGACCUCUGCCCAGGGCUUCAGGCAGCUGCUGGAGCUGAACCUGCUGGGGACGUACACCUUGACCAAGCUUGCCCUCCCCCACCUGCGGAAGAGCCGGGGGAACGUUAUCAACAUCUCUAGUCUGGUGGGGGCCAUUGGCCAGGUCCAGGCGGUUCCUUAUGUGGCCACGAAGGGGGCAGUAACAGCCAUGACCAAAGCCUUGGCCCUGGAUGAGAGUCAAUAUGGCGUCCGGGUCAACUGCAUUUCUCCAGGAAACAUCUGGACCCCACUGUGGGAGGAACUGGCAGCCUUCACGCCUGACCCUGCCGCCACAAUCCGAGAGGGCACCCUGGCCCAGCCCCUGGGCCGCAUGGGCCAGCCAGCCGACGUGGCGGCCGCUGCUGUGUUCCUGGCCUCGGAAGCCAGUUUCUGCACCGGGAUUGAGCUGUUUGUGACUGGGGGUGCAGAGCUGGGGUAUGGGCGCAAGGCCAUUCCGGGCACCCCCGUGGAGCCCCCCACCAUCCCUUCCUGAUUUCCCAAAUUUCCACCCGGGCCUUCCUGCUUAGGACUCCCACCCCAAACUCAGUAUCCCAGAUUUCAGCUUCUACCAUCUACAGACCCCAACUCUAGACAUUAACUCCACUUACCAAUGUGCCAAACCACCCCGCGAGUUCCCAUAAAACCAGUUUGUAGCCAGGAGGAGGAGGGCAUCACGACAAUUUUUUCUACCUUCGAGUUCUGCCACUCAAGGACGGCGUCCGCGCUCCCCAUCCCAGGUGUUUCCACGCGUAGCCUCGACCCGAGGGACUACAACUCCCGGCAGGCCUUGCAGCAGGCUCCUGGGGAGGUACUGCCGGUCGGCUUUACCCUAGCUAAUACAAAGGCCCGCAGGGGAGAAUAAAUUAAACCCUAUUAGGAGAUAAUAGUGGAGGUGAAACAAAAGGGCCUCCUCGUUAUUCUAGGUCCUUAAGGGAAUGGCGUUAUGAGCUCGCUGGCUGUGGAAUAGGAGGAUGGCGGGCUCCAGAAGUUCUGCGGGAAGCAGCAGCAAGGGUUGAGAGUCCUUGGUCAGAGGGAGGAGGGGCUGGGAUCCUGGACUCCUGGGUUUGUGGGAGGAGGAAACAUGGGGCGUGGACCCCCCAGUUAGGGAAGAGCGUACCCUGGAUUCCCUCAGGGGCGCGGGGCCCAGUUUGGGUUGAAUCUCCCCAGUGGGGGGUGGGGGGGUGGGGCCGCAUGACUGCUGCGGAUUGGCCGCUUCGGAGGGUGUGCGGCAACCGCUGAUUGGCUGAGGCGGGGUUGGG